GGGAGAGGAGGCUCCAUUCUCCAGCCAAAGCUCCUCGCAAACACAUCCCACCUUGCGAGAAAGUCUGCCAGGAGCGGGACCCUCUGCCUGGGGAGCAGGAGGAGGCGAGGGGACUCAGGGAGGGGGCUGCCGGUGCUCAGAGAUCCCGGGGAUUUCUACUCCACUUUGAACUUAAAUGAACUAGCCCCAGACUUGGCGGAGGAAGAGGAAGGAAGCCGCAUCAUCCUCUGCCGCUGCUGCUUCACCACCGUCAUCAUCCUCACCUUGCUUCCGACGCGCUCUAGCCUCCAGCCCCUCACUGACCCGGCUGCCAGGGAUGAUCUGACCCGAGCGCUCCAGCCAUGACAUCCACCUGCCCCCCGGCCGCUGCCUCUCGCUGCCCGCUGGGACGCUGCUGACCAGAAUCAUCGGGCUCCGCUUGCUCUGCCCCAGCUCGAGACAGCUCCCCAUCCACGGCCCCCGGAAAGUUCUCCGCUCCCCGGGCAGGGCCGAGCGCCCCCCCCCGCCUCUCCUCGCCCUGCUGGCUGUUUUUUUGUUUUUGUUUUCUCCCCUAAGUCUUGAAGUUGAGUUUUAGAGGCGACACGGCGGCUUCAGCCGACUUCUUCCCCUUCCUUUGCCUCCCCAUGGAUAUGCACUGCAAGGCAGACCCCUUCUCGGCAAUGCACCCAGGGCAUGGGGGAGUGAACCAGCUCGGGGGGGUGUUUGUGAAUGGCAGGCCCCUACCUGACGUGGUGAGACAAAGGAUAGUCGAGCUGGCUCACCAAGGAGUGCGACCCUGUGACAUCUCCAGGCAGCUGCGGGUCAGCCACGGUUGUGUCAGCAAGAUCUUGGGCAGGUAUUACGAGACUGGCAGCAUCAAGCCCGGCGUGAUCGGCGGCUCCAAGCCCAAAGUGGCGACUCCCAAAGUAGUGGAUAAAAUCGCCGAGUACAAGAGACAAAACCCGACCAUGUUCGCCUGGGAGAUCCGGGACCGGCUCCUGGCCGAGGGCAUCUGCGACAACGACACGGUGCCCAGCGUCUCCUCCAUCAACAGGAUUAUCAGAACCAAAGUUCAGCAGCCUUUCCAUCCGACACCAGAUGGGACUGGGACAGGAGUGACUGCACCUGGACACACUAUCGUUCCCAGUACAGCAUCCCCUCCCGUCUCCAGUGCCUCCAAUGAUCCAGUGGGUUCUUACUCCAUUAACGGGAUCCUGGGCAUUCCUCGGUCGAAUGGCGAGAAGAGGAAACGUGAUGAAGAUGUGUCUGAGGGCUCGGUUCCCAAUGGAGACUCCCAGAGCAGCGUGGACAGUUUGCGGAAGCACCUUCGUGCCGACACUUUCACCCAGCAACAGCUGGAAGCUUUAGAUCGAGUCUUUGAACGUCCUUCUUACCCUGAUGUCUUUCAAACAUCAGAGCACAUCAAAUCUGAGCAGGGUAAUGAGUACUCCCUCCCAGCUCUGACCCCUGGUCUUGAUGAAGUCAAGUCAAGUCUAUCUGCCUCUGCUAACCCAGACCUGGGGACCAACGUGUCAGGACCCCAGACGUACCCCGUGGUAACCGGUCGUGACAUGGCGAGCACCACCUUGCCCGGUUACCCACCCCAUGUCCCGCCGACUGGACAGGGCAGCUACCCAACCUCAACUCUCGCAGGAAUGGUACCUGGGAGUGAGUUCUCGGGGAACCCUUACAGUCACCCUCAGUACACGACCUACAAUGAGGCCUGGCGAUUCAGCAACCCCGCGUUACUAAUGCCACAUCCCGAGGCGCUGCACCUCCCACUGCUGCCGCUGCCUAUGACCGCCACUAGUUACCAUGGAAACCACAUGAAACUGCAGGGCGACAGCUUAGGCCUUCAUAUUGUACCUGUCUGAUCAACUUUCUCCAUCCCCGGGAAGGGUGAAGAGAACUUCUCCGUCCCCCUCCACGCCCAGCUAUCCCUCCCCUUCCCUGCAGAAUGUGCUGGAUCGAAGCGCUCGCAACAUCGGACUGAGAAAUACGCGUCCCCUGCACUCUGUCCCUCGCCCCAACUCAACUACUUCCAUGGACAACAGGAAAGGCCUGUGACCAGCUCACCUGCUGCUGUAGACCUUCAAACCAUCCCAGGCACACUUCAGCCAUGCAAGGCCUCCCUGAUUUUGAAGACUGAGGGAAUUCAAGCAAUGCAACCCGCAACCCUUGUUUAUACAGGAUCCUGUUCUCCAGGGAGCGGUAGAGGCAGGGUGAAGUGGGGAGGAAUCCACCUGCAACAAAUUGUUCCCUCGAGAAACUUUCUUCCAUGGUGGAUGCUUCAAAACGCUAACCGACAAGCCUGUUUCAAAGGCCUGAGGGACUGGCUAGCAUGGGGAUGGCAGCACAGAGAGGCAACCCAUCUGGCAGUGAAGGAAAGGCCCAAGUGCAACACUCUCCAUUCCUCCUCCUCCCUCCUCCCCGCCCCAGGUCUCUCUGUGUGCUCCAUCCCCACUCUUCUCUUCAUGUCUUGGCUUCCUUCAAGGUUCCGUUUGAAGGCCACACCCGGCGUGUUGUGACCUCACAGGCCGGAGUUGGGUUGAAACACACACAAACAUGAUUUCUGUGACACACAAUCAGCUCAGACAGGAGGAUGGAGCGACAUCAACCAACCGACCGAUGAAAUGAAGAAAUAUAUAAAUAGAUAUAUAAAUAUAACUGUGUUUUUAUGCUUUGUCAUGAAGGUCUGUAAAAAGGAAAAAAAAUGAACAAAUCCCCAAUUUUCUAAAAAAAAAAAAAAAAAAAUCAACAAAAAAACAAAAUAAAAAAAACCCUAGAAAAAUAAACCCAAAUCCCCUCGCCCGAAUGGCACACAAGUUCCUCUGAUGUUUGAUGCUCCCCUUUCACUCUUGGGUUUCAUUUCCUUUCUGUUUUGCACUAGAAUGUGAUUGUGGAGAGGAUUGGAGGCCCCAUCACCUCCUCUUUUCCUAAUCCCAAUCCCAUUCUCUGGGGAGCAGUGUGGACAAUUCACAUCUGGCAAAAAAAAAAAUUACCAAACAAACCAGCCAACUAAACGCACCCCGUGGGAAGUCAGCUUUUUCCGUGUCAGUUGUCAUCAAACAAAGAAAACAAACCCAGUCUCUUGCUCUAACUGCGCUUGUGGUAGAAAGGAACGUGUGGGGUUUCAUGCAGGUCCAUUAGAUCUCCCUUCAGCCAGCAGAGCUGAAACAGACAAAUUCAGAAUUGGCUGGGAUUGUUGCUUGGUUCCCUACACUUGGUUCCCAUGCACUUAAACUUGCACCUACUCCCUUCACCCACACCUGCCUCAGUCAACCUGACAUCUUAACUCCCACACCUUAAUACCUGUGCCCUACACCGGUCCCUGAAUACCUACAUCUUAAUCCCUACAGUCCCAUUAAGUGUUUUAUUCUCAAUUCCCAAACCCCUACAGCCUUGCUAUCUAUGCCCUAUCCCAUUCCCACGGUCCCUUCACCCUAAUCCCUACACUUAGUUCUCUUUGUUCUGCACCCUAACAUCUAUCCCCUAUACCCUCAUCCUUGCACCCUCAACCCUAUAUUACCCCCCAUAAUAUUCACUCUCUGAUUCCUGAAUGCUCUUGUAAUGGUUCUGUAGUGAUUCUCUGCUCUCUUUGGUUCCCCAGUGAUUGCCAAGCAUUGUUUUGCAAAAGGCUGAUUGUCAGUGGAAAUGCUUAUUACUCCUGUAUUGCUGGCAACUUCAGAUGCUCCUGUUCUUUGGACUGACACUCCCAAAAAGCUAGUCAAGAAAACAUGAAGGCUAGAGCUGGUCUCCUGGGCAGCAAGAGGUAGAUUCUUAUUGUUGGUUUAGAGAGAGGAUUGGGAUAAGAUGAGUGGGCCACUGUCCAUGAAUAAAGGCAGGAUAGAGUCAACCUAUUGAGGGUGGAAAUGUGAACCGUGGAGCAAUUUCCAAAACUAGCAUUUGUAUAUAGCCCAUGGUUCCCAGCCUCUGAAUGAAAUGUGCACAUUGACUCAGCUUUCUGUCUCCAGGGUUAGACUGAAGGCAAGAAAAGUCCAUCGUCAGCAACUGGCUGUAUGGGCCCAAAGACCCCACUCACCCAGAGCUCUUUUCAGCACUUGCAUAUCUCAGGGUGACCAUAUGGAUGCGUUUUCUGCAAUGGGAUGGCACAGAAUGCUAAGAGGGAGUGUUUUUGUUUACACAGAAGAUAAGGGCCUAAAAUCUGUUCUGGUAAAUCUUGAGUAACUCCAGUAAAGUCAACAGAGUUACUCCACCUCCACUAAGUCAAUGGAGUUGCUCCAGAUUCAUUACUGUGAACCCACUGAAGUCAAUGGUUAUUGGAAUUUAUCCAGAUUUAUGUCAUUGUGACUGGGCUGAGAAUUUUGCCUAUUGUCUCAGUCUAUGAAAAAAGAGACACUGGUUAAUCAUUUUUAAAAACUCACCCUUAUCAUCCCCUUGGUUUGUCCCCCACAUACUAGACAAAUGCUGGACCAUAAGCCGUGAUGUCCCCAUUUGAUUCUCUCAGUAGUACCUCUGCUCUCCUUGUCCAAAAUCCAGCUUCACCCAGCCUGACAACUAGAAUAACCCAAGGGGCUAGAAAACAUGAGACUGACACACCUCACAUUGGACAACAUGCAGUUCAGGAAGCCUGUUCCAAAGCAACUACCAUUGAGAAAAGUCCACUCUUAUGAUGGCAUUUCACAGAGAGAUAGUACAGGCUGAGAAGGCAGGAUUUGGUUGGCUCAGUCAUGGCUGGUUUAAUUUGAUGCUCAGAGGGCCAAAUUCAUAGUUGGUUUAACUCCACUGAUGCAAGGGGAUUUCUCCCAUGCAUUGAUUUGGCCUGGAAAGUUUAGAAGAACAGCAAGUGGGUUUGAUCAGGAAAACAGAAGUACAGAGUAAUAUGCAGAGGACCAGGCAUUCUUAUCCUCUUCCAUCACCUCCCCCGUAAAGCCCCAUGCGAAUGUACUGAAUUACAUUUGCCAAAGAGUUUCUUGUGUUGGUUGUUUUGAGUUACAGUCGAUGGAUGCAUUGUAAAGCAGUAUUAUAGCUAAAGUCUAGUAGCUGACACGGGGAUUUAUGUGGUGAUAUUAUGCAGAAGAAAACCAUCAAUAUUCAUAUAGAUUCCAUUAGAUUGGACUAUGCAGGAAACACAAAAAUUCUACCAAUUAUUUAAUAUUAUGUUAUUUGCAAAAACAAUUGCUGCUUUGUAGGAAGAUAAUGUGUGUAAUGUGAAGGCAAUUCCUCUUGUAUAUAAGUUCAUCUCCAUCUUCAUCAUGGUAGUUAUUAAAACAGCCUCGUCUCAUCCUGUACAUAAGGAACGCUCUGUCUGUACUGUGCAAGUCUCGUUGUGCUCACUGAAAACAAAACUAUCUGUUCAAUAAAGCACAGCACAAAUCCAGAACCCGAGGGAACAGCCAAAUUGUAGAAGGGCUCCUUCCCCAGGAGCCUGGGAGUUGGUUUAUUUUAGGUGGAUUUUUUUUUCAUUUUUCUUAAAAAAAAUUACAACAAAAAACAAACAAAAAAUAAAGUUUGGAAGGAAAACAAAAUCACUAUGCAAAAUCCAGCUAAAUCUGUCGCUGUGUUUCACGUCUCUCCUCCAUUCUGCUCUCUUUCCUUCCCUUGCUGUCCUUUAUUUUCCUCUCCCUCCUUUCAUUUCUCCUCUUUAUCUUCCUCCCCAACACCCUUUAUUUCUUCCUCCACUACUCCUUCAUUUCUAGCCCACCAUCACUUCUGGAGAGGGGACUGAUGUUUCCAGUGGUCAGACCAGAUGACAGAGAUAGGACUCCUGAGUUUUCUUCUUGGCUUUGGGGAAACAUUGUCAAGUAACAUCAUCUCUCUGCACCUCAGUCCCCCACCUGUCAAAUGGGCAUGAUCAUACUUCCCUACUUUACAGAGUGGUGGUGAGGCUGAAUUUGUUACUUUCGCCAACUGCUUUGAGGUCCUUGGAUAGAAAGCUCUACAGAAGUGUAAAGUAUUAUUAGCAAUAGCAAUGAUUUCCACUGCCCUUCCCUCUCAUUUUCCUUUCCUCUUUCUCUCUCUCUCUUCUCUUUAUUGUCAUUCUUUUCUUUACUCUUCUUCCUUGCUCUCCUUGUCUUUUCCAUUCAUUCUUUGCUCCAUCGCCAUGUUUGCUCUCUCUAACAGACCAAGCAGAAGGGUGGCACAACCCAUUUUUUUUCUCUUUCGGGGGAAAGAAUCCCAUGAGCUGUUGCAAAUGAUGUGCUUUGCUGGAAGGAACAGGAAAUGCGGCAUUUGGAACCUGGUGGCACUUGAGGCCUGUUCUCUGAAGUUCCUGUGUCCUCUCAUUAACUGACCUCUUGUUUAGCGGCCUUGCUGGGAUAUGGGAGCAAUGGGGGAGGGAAGGGAGGGAGGGAUGAUUCCAUUAAAGCGACACCUUUUAUGACCUGUAAAUGUGGGGGUUUUUACCUCAGGGUGCUGAAACGGGGCCAUGUCUGCAUGCUUUCUGAUCCAUCAAUAGUGCUGAGUCAAAUUCAGAGCAAGGCUUCAGAACUAAUCACAACGUGAAUGUGAGGAUAUUAAAGAAACAAAACCCAAACAACCCUGCACCCAUCUCUCCUCGCGAGUGUUAUUCUGGAUACAUUUUCCCCCCAAAAGGAAUCUUGUUUUACUGAACUGUUGAAAAAAAAAUUACUUUUUUCGCCCAAAGGAUCUGCAGUCCCCAAGGAAAGAAACAACAGCCAGACCCGUCUUGCUCGGGACUGACUGGAUGAGGGUUUCUGUAGGACUCACCCAUGCUACUGCAAUGUGCUCCCCACUCAGGUCUGGGAAGGUGACAAAGAUUUGAAAGGCAGGAAAAAGGGAUCAAAUAACAAUUCUAGAACUGACGACACAAUCAAACCAGAACUAGCAGCAGCCGUUGGGAGGAAGCUGGGUGGGAGAGGAGGGCAUUGUCAGGCGUAGGGUCAUACCUGUUCUAGGCUAUUGCAGCCAUUCUUGGCUUUUCCUCAUUGCUUCAAUUCUGUUUGAAUCUUUUCUUCUUUCUUCCUCCUCUUCU